AUGGCUGAAAAGCGGAAGGUCCUACAGCGGUAUAUGAAGAACCUAAACGACUUGAAGGAUGAGCUGAAGCGAAAAGAGCUGGAGAAGAAGAUGAAGGAGCUGGAGCUAUUGCAGUGCGAAUUGGCACGUCGCCAGGAGCGAUCUGGCACCAAGUGUGCCGGCGGUAAGAUUAAGGAGUUGCGCCAGCAAAAGCUCCGAAAGGUCCUCGGAGCCUACAUGAUGACAUUGGAGGGCUUGCUUUGUGACCUGGCCCGCAGGCAGGCGCGCCUUAACGGGGACAAGGGUCGAGCAAGUGAAUCCGAGAACCUGCCACAUCCCCAGAUGCUGGAGGAGUACACGGUGGCCUUCUGUGCAGUCGGUGAGGACGGUCGUGAGCUGCUGGAGGCAGCCCUCUCCGCCCGCAGGUGCGCCUAUGUGCCGUACAGCAAAUUCAAAGUGGGAGCAGCUUUCCGGGCCAAGUGCGGCAGGAUCUAUACUGGCUGCAAUAUCGAAAAUGUGUCGUUUACUGCGGGCAAUUGUGCGGAGCGAUGUGCUCUGGCCAAGGGAAUUAGCGAGGGUGAGAAGAAGUAUACGGCGGGUGCUGUAGUUGCCUAUCAUCCGGAUGAGUUCACCACACCUUGCGGUGUCUGCCGCCAGUUCAUCCUGGAGUUUGUGCACAGGGACAUUCCGAUUUACAUUGCCAAGGCUCCUCCGCCGGAGCAGGAGAACUGUAUACCCGCCAUCCAGGAUGAUGACGAGGUGCUGGUCACUUCCGCCUACCACCUCUUGCCUUACAGCUUUAGCUCAUUUGAAUGAUAUGAGAAAACUUAAAAUUCUACAGUAUAUUCAGUUUUGACAAAAGUGUACCGUUGUAGGACUUUCUUUGAAUAAAAUAUUUUAUUUGUAAAUUAAACAA